UUAGAAUAAGUAGGAUACGGAAAUCAUAUCGAAUAUGUUCCACGUGUAAACAUCUAAAUUAAGCUAUUUCAUUUCAUUUUUGUACCUAAUUUAUUCAGGAAAGCAGCAACAUCUAUAAUUGACCAUUUUCCACCCUCUUCUGCUGAUGUGAAAAAGAAAUAUUUAAAUUUCAAAUGAGAAGCUAAAACGAAUUACGGAGGAAGAGCUGACAAGGAAGCCGACUGCAUCGUCAUAGUGAGUGGCACUCGAGGUUGGAGUAUAAGUAAAGGAGAGUCACUCAUGAUUGAUGGUAAUUUGAGUCAGAUAUAAUAAUGGCCGCUCACACAGCAACAAAGACUUUCGGUGAGAAACCCAAAUCAUUCCAACUUGAUGAUGGAGGAGAAUAUUAUUAUAUUGGCUCAGAGGUUGGGAACUAUCUUCGACUGUUUCGAGGUUCACUUUACAAGAAAUAUCCUUCCAUGUGGCGCCGGCUGGUUACUGUGGAAGAAAGGAAAAAGAUAGCAGCAAUGGGUUUUGGGCAACAUACUCUUGCAACUAACAUCACUUUGUUGAAAGCUCCAGAAGUAGAUGAAAUUUUUGAAGGAAAUGAUGACAAGUAUAAAGCAGUAUCUCUUUCCAGUGAUCCCUUUCCCACGAGAGAAAACAAAUCCAAGCGAAACAAUUGGGUACCUGCUCUCCCUAGUAGUUCACAUCAUUUAGAUGCUGUACCAUGUUCCACACCUAUCAAUCGCAAUCGGCUUGGAAAGAAUAAAAUGAGAACAUUUCCAUUAUGUUUUGAUGACACAGAUCCCUCACAAAUACACGAAAACGCUUCUACUGCUGAAGUGUUAAUUCCAAUCCGUUUAGACAUGGAGUUUGAUGGUCAAAAGUUACGAGAUUGUUUCACUUGGAAUAAAAACGAAGCCCUUAUAUCACCUGAACAGUUUGCAGAAAUAUUGUGUGAUGAUUUGGACCUUAACCCACUCAACUUUGUUCCAGCUAUUGCUCAGGCAAUUCGGCAACAAAUUGAAGCUUAUCCGUUAGAUAACCUUCUUGAAGAACAGGCAGAUCAACGAGUUAUUUUAAAGUUAAACAUUCAUGUUGGUAACAUCUCCUUGGUGGACCAGUUUGAAUGGGACAUGUCAGAGGUUGAUAACAGCCCUGAAGAAUUUGCUAUAAAACUUUGUGCAGAGUUGGGUCUCGGUGGCGAAUUUGUGACAGCUAUUGCAUAUAGCAUUCGAGGACAACUGAGUUGGCAUCAAAGAACAUAUGCAUUUAGCCGUCAGUCUGUGUCUUUCAGUGAGGCACCUCUGCCCACAGUGGAAGUCGCUAUUCGCAACCAAAACGAAGCUGAUCAAUGGUGUCCGUUCCUGGAGACGCUCACUGAUGCAGAAAUGGAGAAGAAAAUAAGGGAUCAGGAUCGUAAUACCAGGAGAAUGCGGCGACUUGCAAACACUGCACCAUCCUGGUGAUAAGGAAUUCAUUACUUAGUGUCAUUAUUCUAUCGGGAAAGGAAAAAAAGAAGCCAGAAAAUACUGAAAGAAUUCCUGUAUUUUCCAGCAACUCUCAAGACCUUUUAUGAGAAGAUGAAAU